GGUCACGACUUCGAUGUCGAGUACUAUGUGAAGAAUCAUAUGCCGCUAGCAAAGAAGAUCUGGCGGUUGGGAGGCCUGAAGAGUUAUGGGGUCAUCAAGCUGGGAGGAGAAAGCCCGUACCAGAUCUACAGCAUGCUCCAAUGGGACAGCCUUGCUUCGUUCGAGAAAGCUUUCACUUCAGAGGAAGGAAAGGCAAUUCAAGAUGAUGUGAAGAAUUUCACCACAGCAAUACCCAUCAUAGUCGUUGGCGGGACUGUCGCGCAGGGUUGA